CUUCCUGGCCAUUAUUGAUAGGUGCCGGACUGCAGAGCUGGUGGGAGGAGCACACAGGAGGCUCCGCCCCCAGCGUCCCGUGGCCAUGACGACCGCCCAGCGGGACUCCCUGGUGUGGAAGCUCGCGGGGCUGCUGCGGGAGUCGGGUGACGUGGUCCUUUCUGGCUGUAGCACGCUGAGCCUGUUGACCACCACCCUGCAGCAGCUGAACCACGUAUUUGAGCUGCACCUGGGGCCAUGGGGCCCUGGCCAGACAGGCUUUGUGGCUUUGCCUUCUCACCCUGCCGACUCCCCUGUCAUCCUCCAGCUUCAGUUCCUCUUCGAUGUGCUGCAGAAAACUCUUUCACUCAAGCUGGUCCACAUCCCUGGUUCUGGCCUCCCUGGGCCCAUCAAGAUUUUUCCCUUCAAGUCCCUUCGGCAGCUGGAGCUCCGAGGUGUUCCUCUUCAUUGCCUCCGUGGCCUCUGUGGUAUCUACUCCCAGCUGGAGACCCUGAUUUGCAGCAGGAGCAUUCAGGCAUUAGAGGAGCUCCUCUCAGCCUGUGGUGGUGACCUCUGCUCUGCCCUGCCCUGGCUGGCUCUGCUCUCUGCCAACUUCAGCUACAACGCACUGACUUCCUUAGACAGCUCCCUGCGUCUCUUGUCAGCUCUGCGCUUCCUGAAUCUGAGCCACAAUCGAGUCCAGGACUGCGAGGGCUUCCUGAUGGACUUGUCUGAGCUCUGCCAUCUGGACAUCUCCUAUAACCACCUGCGUUUGGUGCCGAGAAUGGGACCCUCGGGCGCUGCUCUGGAGACCCUGAUACUGCGAGGCAAUGAGCUCCGGAGCCUGCAGGGCCUGGAGCAGCUGAGGAACCUGCGGCACCUGGAUGUGGCGUACAACCUGCUGGAAGGCCACAGGGAGCUGGCGCCGCUGUGGCUGCUGGCUGAGCUCCGCCAGCUCUACCUGGAGGGGAACCCUCUGUGGUUCCACCCCGCGCACCGAGCGGCCACUUUCCAGUACUUGUCACCCCGCGCCAGGGACGCCACUGCCGGUUUCCUUCUUGAUGGGAAAGUCUUGUCACUGACUGACUUUCAGACCUCCACAUCCUCAGGGCUUGGUUCCUCGGCCCCACCUCUGCCCUGGUCAGCGGGGAGUACUGUUGAAACCUCAGGCGGCCCUGACUUGAGUGACAGCAUCUCCUCAGGGGGCAUUGUAGCCCAGCAUCUGCACCGGAAGGUUAAGAGCCGAGUCCGUGUGAGGCGAGCAAGUAUCUCGGAACCCAGCGAUACAGACCCAGAGCCCCGGACUCUGGACCCGUCCCCAGCUGGGAGGUUUGUGCGGCAGCAUCGGGAACUUGAACUCAUGAACAGCUUCCGGGAACGGUUUGGCUGUGACUGGCUGCAGUAUAGGAAUCACCUGGAGACCUCCGGGACCCCCGUUCUGGCUACCUCUGAGACCCCUGCCCUCAGCACACUGCCCCUGAGCCCAGGGUCUGUGCCCGGCUCUCCACCCCCAGAGAAGGAGUCGCCGCAGGAAGUGGCAGAGGAGGUCAGGCUCCUGCCGGAGCCCCGGGAGGAAGUCGAGGUGGAGGAGCAGGAUGAAGUGGAAGCGGAACUGUGUCGCCCCAUGUUGGUGUGUCCCCUGGAGGGGCCCGAGGGCGUGCGGGGCAGGGAAUGCUUUCUCCGGGUCACUUCCGGCCACCUGUUCGAGGUGGAACUCCAAGCAGCUCGGACCCUGGCACGGCUGGAGCUCCAGAGCCUGGAGGCAGCUGAGGUGGAACCUGAGCCUCAGACCGAGCACGAGGCAGUGCUCGAGCAUCACCCAGAUCUCUUGGAUCCCCUCUGUGCGCAGGGCGCAGACCCGCUCCCUGGGGCCCCAGUCCUUGUUCUGCACUUCUCCUACAUUUGCCCUGACCGGCAGCUGCGUCGCUAUGUGGUGCUGGAGCCCGAUGCCCACGCAGCUCUCCAGGAGCUGCUUGCCGUGUUGACCCCAGCAGCCACCACGGCUCAGCAUGAGCUUGGGGAAGCGAGAGACCCGCUGUGGGGCAGACUCCAGUGUCUACGUUGUGGCCAUGAGUUCAAGCCAGAGGAGCCCAGGUUGGGAUUAGACAGUGAAGAAGGCUGGAGGCCUCUGUUCCAAAAGACAGAAUCUCCUGCUGUGUGUCCAAACUGUGGUAGUGAUCAUGUGGUUCUCCUGGCUCGGUCCCUGGGAACCAGCCACAGGGAGCACAGACAGGAUGAACAGCCGCCAGUUCCCUCGCAGACGGCCAGUGCUGUCCGUGACCCUCCUGACCCCAGUGACCAUAGCAGCAGGGCUGACGGGGCCCCAUCUCAGGCGCCGGUCUCCCAGGAUCGCCACAGUUGGAGCCUCAGUCCCCCCCCUGAGCGCCACGGCCUCCGCUCUGUGGACCACCGACUCCGGCUCUUCCUGGAUGUCGAGGUGUUCGCUGAUGCCCAGGAGGAGUUCCAGUGCUGCCUCAAGGUGCCACUGGUGUUGGCAGGCCACCCUGGGGAGUCUGUGUGUCUCGUGGUGGUGUCUGACCGUAGGCUUUAUGUGUUGAAGGUGACAGGGGAGAUAUGUGGGCCUCCAGCUAGCUGGCUGCAGCCAACCCUGGCCGUUCCCCUGCACGACCUGAGCGGCAUCGAGCUGGGGCUGGCAGGACAGAGCCUGCGGCUGGAGUGGGCGUCUGGGGCAGGCAGCUGUGUCCUGCUGCCCCGAGAUGCCAAGCAUUGCCGGGCCUUUCUAGAUGAGCUCACCGAUGUCUUACAGGCUCUGCCCCCCAGCUGGAGGAGCAGUGUCAGUGCCACAGAGGAGGAGGUGACCCCGAAGCACCGCCUCUGGCCUUUGCUGGAGAGAGACUCUUCCUCGGAGCCGCCUCUGUUCUUCUACCUUCGGGUGUUCCUGGUAGAAGGCCUUGCAACCUGCCCUGUGUCUCUGUUGGUGACUCUGUCCACCCUGUACCUGUUAGAGGAAGACCCUGCAGGCUCCCAGGCAGAGCCUGCUCUUCCUGCGGCACCUGGUGAAGCCUCUGAGAUGCCCCUGCCCUCGGGCCUGGGCCCUUCUGUGCACGUCAGGGAGCAGUGGCCUCUCAGCAGCUUGAGCUCGGUGCUGCUGUAUCGCACGGCCCCAGGGGACCUGCGGCUGGUCUUCUACGAUGAGGUGUCCCGGCUGGAGAGCUUCUGGGCCCUUCGUGUUGUGUGUCCAGAGCAGCUGACAGCCCUGCUGGCCUGGAUCCGGGAGCCCUGGGAGGAGUUGUUUUCCAUCGGACUCCGGACUGUGACCCAAGAGACCCUAGAGCUUGAUCGGUGAGGCCUCCCUGCUAAGCCCGCUCUGGCCUCGGGAGCCAUGGCUGUGGAAGCUCUCUCUCUGGACUCUGGCUGCGGCCUUCUCUGGGAGGCCCCAGACGACCCACGGCUCAAGGGCAGGCUGAGAGAUGUCGCCUGGCCUGGUCUGGCCCAAGGGGACAGGCUCCAUGGUCGGUAGGAAUGUUUCUCCUGCACUUUGUCUCAGGUAUCAAUAAAAGUGUUUCCCUUUUGGAUGCCA